ACGAAGCGAUAGUUGAGAUCAGAACGGAAUCUUUCAGGAUGGACAUUGAAAUUAAGGUUUUGAAAGUGCGCCAGUCGGGACUGCCCCGUAGUUUGGCUAGAUGUGGUUGGGAAAGAGAAAUACGGCUUUAAUCGACACAGGAAGUGUGGCAUUUAGAGGCUAAAUUCGGGAUUUAAUUUUGAUUGGUUGAGGUGAGAGGCGUGGCUUCGUCCUUAGGCUAUGAUUGGUCAGAACUUAAUGAGGUUGCAGGAUUGGUGAAUGAGCUUCUGAAGCAGACGGAAGUGUGGUCUGCCGAAGCCCUUGGUUACGCAGUGAGUGGAAGCGUGCCUGUGUACACGGCACGUAGGAUCUACAGAGCAUCUGGGAAUAUUGGCUCCCCAGAUUUGACAACCUUAUCUAAUCUGAGUGGGAUUCUAGUCUCAGGACAGAUUCUUAGACUUUCAUACGGAAGAGUGGGUGCCACGGGUCGGCUGUGGGUCUGGCAGCAGGCUCCACAGGUCGGAUCCUGGCGAAGGUUCCCGGCCGCGUCGAGGUUGCUGAGGACGACUAGGUCUUUCCCCCAGGGCCAUGGCGGACUCGAAGCUCUUGGUGCCCGAGCUAAGCGAGGCAGAGAAGAUGGGCACUGAGACCGCGCGUUUCGAGGAGCUACUGCGGCAGGCCUCCCAAGAGCUCCAGCAAGCCCAGACAAGCAGACCAGACUCCACACAGAUCCAACCUCAACCUGGUUUCUGCAUAAAGACCAACUCCUCCGAAGGGAAGGUGUUCAUCAACAUCUGUCACUCUCCUUCCAUCCCUCCUCCGGCUGAUGUGACCGAGGACGAGCUGCUUCAAAUGCUGGAGGAAGACCAAGCCGGCUUUCGCAUCCCCAUGAGCCUGGGAGAGCCUCAUGCUGAACUGGAUGCAAAAGGCCAGGGUUGUACCGCCUACGACGUAGCGGUGAACAGCGACUUCUACCGGAGGAUGCAGAACAGCGAUUUCUUGCGGGAGCUCGUGGUCACCAUCGCCAGGGAGGGCCUUGAGGACAAAUACAGUCUCCAGCUGAAUCCAGAGUGGCGCAUGUUGAAGAACCGACCUUUCCUGGGCUCCAUCUCCCAGCAAAAUAUCCGCUCCCAACAGCGUCCUCGGAUCCAGGAGCUGGGAAACCUGUACACUUCCGACCCCCCGAGACCUGAGGCAGGCCCUGAGAAGCCUCACCUGAACCUUUGGCUGGAAGCCCCUGACCUCCUCUUGGCUGAAAUUGACCUCCCCAAACUGGAUGGAGCUCUGGGGCUGUCGCUGGAGAUUGGGGAGAACCGCCUGGUGUUGGGGGGCCCCCAGCAGCUGUACCAUCUGGAUGCCUGUAUCCCCCUGCAGAUCAACUCUGAGGAGAGCAGGGCAGCCUUCCAUCGGAAGAGAAAGCAAUUGAUGGUGGCCAUGCCCCUCCUGUCGGUGCCUUGACCUGGUUUCUUUCCGUGAUCCUCAGUGGAGAGAAGAGGCUGGUGGCUUCUCUAAAAUGGAAAUAAAAGAUGUUUGUCUUUGU